UGAUGUAACUGUCAUUAAACUAAAACACAUACAAGGAAAGAGAUAUCUCUUUUCACAUUCCUCUGAUUUUGUUCCCCUAUAUAUAUUCAUCAAUAACUAUCUCAAUCUUACAAACUCAAAUCUCCAAAACUACAAUCAAUCUUAUUGAAAAUGAAGCUUCUUCAUGCAUCACUGUGUUUGAUCAGUCUUCUCCUCAUCUUGCCUUCGAUCUUCGCUGCUUCUUCCUCUGAAGAUUUCGAUUUCUUCUACUUCGUCCAACAAUGGCCAGGAUCAUACUGUGACACACAGAGGAGUUGUUGCUUUCCAACUUCUGGCAAACCAGCUGCUGAUUUUGGAAUUCACGGUCUUUGGCCUAAUUACAAAGAUGGAACUUAUCCUUCUAACUGUGACAACACUAAACCAUUCGAUUCUUCUUCGAUAUCGGAUCUGAUCAGCUCAAUGCAGAAGAGCUGGCCGACACUAGCUUGCCCCAGCGGCUCAGGCGAGACUUUUUGGGAACACGAAUGGGAGAAACAUGGUACUUGCUCCGAAUCGGUUAUAGACCAACACGAGUAUUUCCAAACCGCUCUUAACCUUAAGCAGAAAGCCGAUCUUCUUGGAGCUCUAACCAAAGCCGGAAUCAAUCCGGAUGGAAAAUCUUACAGUAUAGAGAGCAUCAGAGACUCGAUCAAGGAGUCAACGGGUUUCACUCCUUGGAUUCAAUGUAACACUGAUGAGUCUGGCAAUAGCCAAUUGUACCAAGUCUACCUCUGUGUUGACCGGUCCGGUUCCGGUUUAAUCGAAUGCCCGGUUUUCCCUCGUGGAAAAUGUGGAGAUGAGAUUAACUUCCCUUCUUUCUAAUAAUCUGUUUUCUAGUUUCUUUAAUCUAUUGAAUCGAAUCGAUAUCUUGUUCAUGGAGAUUGGUUUCGUUAUUAUAAAUUUAUAAUUGAUGAUGUAAUAAAAAUUUAUUAAAACCAAGAUUGUUCUCUGUUUA